AUGGAUGGCUGGAUAGCUAGUCCACCAGGCACUAAAGUUUCAAUCGAAUCCUCCACCAAAGCAAUUGAAGACUGGUUCCAAUAUGAGGGUCGAGCGUUUGAUAUCGGCUGCUAUGAAAGAUUUAAAGAAGACCACGAGAAAUGGGAAAGUGAUUCGAGCGCUGGUCAAAUCGAACAUCAGCUUGGGCAUGGAGACAAGCCACGUGAUGGAUGUGAUAUCUGUGAGGAGAUACCAGAUCUUGAGGAACCGAAAAGAAUGGAUUAUUUCCCCGAAGUGCCAUCUACCAUUUCGCUGAGUCGGUUGUUGGCAACUGUUAGUGGGCAGCCGCAUAUUGACAAAUGGUGGCGCUGGCAACGUUCCCAGGCGGUAUAA